AAUUUCAUAAAACCUACCCAAAAUUAGGAGAGUGACAAAAGUAACUUUGAUAGUUAUUGAUUUUGUUUUGAUCAAAACUCUCUCACCUAAUCCAUAUUGGUCAAUCAAUUUCCCUCAUCGUUCCAAUUUCAUUCUCUUUCUCUCAACACCUCAAAUAAACAAUAAACAUUAUUACUAUUAAUAGUUGUUUCACUUCUACUUCUUCUACGGAUUUUUUUUAACAUCAUCAUAUCAUAUUAGUUUGAUCUGAUUCAAACUUUCUCAAUUUGAAGUCAAUAAUUGAUUUGACUCAAACAAUGGCUACUUCUUCAUCAUCAUCAUCAUCUUCAAGGUGGCAUAAUUUCUCCACAAGAGUUACAACAUCUUUGGCUUCAGCUUUACUUGAAUGGUUAUUGAUCCUUUUUCUCUUAAUCAGUGCUAUUUUCUCUUAUGUUAUUACUAAAUUUGCUCGUUACUGUAAUUUGAAAUCACCUUGUUUGUUUUGUUCAAGGCUUGAUCAUGUAUUAGGUAAACAAAAAAGAGGUUACUAUUUUGAUUUGAUUUGUAGUUUUCAUAAGUCUGAGAUUUCUUCUUUAGUUUUUUGUUGUAAACAUGAUAAGCUUGUAAAUAUUCAUGGAGUUUGUGAAACUUGUAUUUUAUCUUCUGCAAUUAUUGAUAAAUCCAAUGCUGUGACUUCCCGGUUAUUGGUUGGUAAAUCGGAGGAGGAUGAAGAAGAAGAAGAAGAAUCUGGAUCCGUAUUUGAUCAUGAUCCGUUACUUGGUGAACGAACAAUUGCCGGGCAUUGUUCUUGUUGUAGUGAGAAAUUUGUUUUAAAUGGGAAUGAUCAAAAUUUGGUAUUUGCCAAGUCAAUUCGGUCUAGGGCUGUUGAUUUUGAUGUAUUGGAUGUUGUUGGAAAUGAUUUUUAUGAGAAAAGUGAAAAGCGGUUUGUAUCAGUCCGAGACGCACAAGUGAGAAAUGAUUGCGCGGAUCCUUUGUCGCGUGUAGGUUACACAGAAGUCAAUAUUACUUCUGAUACUGAGUCUGAAUUUGAGGUUCCGUUAUCAGAUGAUGAUGGUAUAAGUAUACCAAUUUGCGGGAAAGAUGAUAUCGAGGAAGAUAUAAGGGUUUCAUGUGAAUAUAUGGAGCUUCGCAGCGUUGAUUCAAAUGAGGAUCUCACUUCUGGGAAGCCCGGGACUUCAGCUUAUGUGCUUGAGCCAUUGUUGUCAGAACCAGGAGAGCAAGUAGAAAAUAGAGAUAUUUGUGGUACUAAAACUGCAGCAGCAGCAACAGUGGAAAGUGGGAAUGGUUUGUCAGAACUUGACUGGCAGCAGAUUGAAAGAACCGAUGUUCGUCCCUCCCCAAGUGAGCCUAGAUCCUUCAAUGAUGUUCCUACAUUAUCAAAUAAAACAGAAGUGCCUGUUGAAGUAUCAAAGGAAAACUAUGAUUUUAGAACUGAUGAAGAGGGACUAACAUCUGAGCGAAGACCCACUGUCGACUGUGAAGAAAACAUUAAAUCAGGCAAUAAACCAAUAACAUCUGAAGCAGGUUCAGAGCCAACACUUAUUUCUAGUGAUAUUGGUCAGCAAAAUCCUAAUUUGCUGGAUCUUGGGGAUGCUUAUAAGCUAGCUGUCAGUAAUAGAGGAAGGCAGUUAUCUGGCAUGCUUGCAGAACAUUGGAUUGGGAAAGAUUCCUCAAGAGUUAAUGAAGAUUUAAAGAUAUUGUUGUCACAAUUCUCUGCCACUCGAGGGACUGAUAUGUCUUUUAAUGAUAUCAGUCCUAGAUUGUCUAUAAAUAGCGAAGAAGCAAAGAAUUCUGAUGUUUCUAACUCUACCGGAAUGCAAAUACUUCAAAAAAUGAUUUCACUUGAGCGAAAUGAGUCUGGUUUGUCUCUAGAUGGAAGCAUCGUCAGUGACAUUGAAGGUGAAAGCCCGGUUGACAAGCUUAAAAGACAAGUUGAUCAUGACAGGAAACUUAUGAAUGCUUUGUAUAAAGAGCUGGAGGAAGAGAGAAAUGCUUCUGCAAUUGCUGCAAGUCAAGCUUUAGCCAUGAUUACUAGACUGCAGGAAGAAAAGGCAUCAUUACAUAUGGAAGCUUUGCAGCACUUAAGGAUAAUGGAUGAGCAGUCAGAAUAUGAAAUGGAAGCUUUGCAACAAGCUAAUGACCUUCUCGCUGACAAGGAGAAGGAGAUAGAAGACUUGGAAGCGAAGGUUGAGUUUUAUAGGAAGAAAUUCCCUAAUGAAUCUGUGCUGGCGAACAUAGUGGAGAAAAACUCUGAAAUGAAGGUAAAAGAUAUUGGAUUGGAUCAUUCACAAUGUACUUUCAUUGAAAAUGAUGAAAGUGUCCCCGGAAAAUCAGUUGCCGAAAAUCCUAAUAUCUAUGACAAAACUGACAUUCUAGUCACAUCUUUGGAGGAAAAGAAUAUUCAAUCUGUAAAAAAUCCACUAAUGGAGUUUCAAAAUGAAAAGCUAUAUAUUUCCCAACGUUUGAAUAAGUUGGAGAAGCAAGUAUACUUUUUCCUGAACACUCACCAGUCUCAGGAUAAUUUGCCAAAUUCUGAAAAAGUUGGAAAGGAAUGCAUGGAAAACUCUGAAAAUUUGGACAAUGAUCUUCUAAAGGAAGAUUCUGUUUCUUUGUUUAAAUUAAAUUCGGAUGCCAUGGUUGAUGAUCCCUCAUCCAAGAAAUCUCCAGCUUGCAAGCAAAAUGGCAAACUUGAAUACUAUGAACGUGGCUCCCCUGUUCUCUGUGGAAAUAAUGAUUCAGCUUCCACUGGAAGUUUGGUUUCAGAUUUUAUUGAAAGGUUACAAGCUCUUGAGGCAGACCAUAGUUUCCUUGAGCAUAGUAUCAACUUACUGAACGAAGGAGGCGAAGGACUUCAAUUAUUGCAAGAAAUAGCUGAUCGCCUGCAACAACUACGCAGGAUCGGGAUAAGGGAAAUAAACCAACCUGUUGCUUGAGGAUGUAUAUAAGACUCGUACACCAAUGAUCGGCGACCAAGAUGCAAGUACAUUGAACAAAUAGUGAAGAGGGUAAACCAUGACUGGUUGCAACUGUACAGUAACAAUAGCUUGAUAUCAUCCAGGUUACAAGAAAAUAUGAUUUCAAAUUAUAUAUAUAUAGAGAGAGAGCUUGUUCACCCUUCCUUUUUUUGGGUUAGUUUCUUUGGACAUUUUGAAUUGUAAAUGAAUAAUUGCAAUGAGUGAUUGCUUGUUAAUUUAAUUAAUGUCUUCUGUAUUGAAGUGAGUAUUUUGGAAACAGAGUGAACUAACAUCAGUAUAUGCAUACUGAUUCUGCGAGAGUUUGUAUAUGGCUUUUAUUUUACACCGUUGUUUGUAUGAAUAUUGCCUCAAUUGCAUGCA